AUGCUCGCACUAGAAAUAAGCAGUAAAUCUGUGGUUCUCUGGUCAGCAAGUUCUGGCAAUGAAGUCACUGCCGCUGGGGCAAAGAAUUCUGGGAUGUCUGACAGUGAAAUGGAUAGAAGGACCCACAUUCCAUCUCUACUUAAUGUCCUUUUGUCCAGAAAUCGGGUCAUGCAAAUGAACUACUUGAAAAGUAAAGAAAAAGGAUAUGGAAAACUAAGCAGUGAUGAAGACCUCGAAAUAAUUGUUGAUCAAAAGCAGGGCAAAGGCUCUAGGGCGGCAGAUAAGGCUGUUGCCAUGGUGAUGAAGGAGAUACCGAGGGAGGAGUCUGCUGAAGAAAAGCCCCUCCUAACUAUGACAUCACAGCUGGUGAAUGAACAGCAAGAAAGCAGACCCCUUCUGAGUCCCUCCAUCGAUGACUUUCUUUGUGAAACCAAAUCGGAGGCAAUAGCGAGGCCAGUAACGUCCAACACAGCCGUUUUGACCACAGGCUUGGAUCUCCUUGACCUGAGUGAACCCGUCUCUCAAACCCAAACCAAAGCUAAGAAGUUGGAGGCCUCAUCGAAAACCUCAUCCCUCAAGAAAAAGGCUGAUGGAUCUGACCUCAUCAGUGCAGAUGCUGAGCAGAGAGGCCAGCCCCUCCGAGGCCCGGAGACAUCAGCCUUAGAUUUAGACAUUCAAACACAACUGGAAAAAUGGGAUGAUGUUAAGUUUCAUGGAGAUCAAAAUAGCAAGGGACACCCAAUGGCAGAGAGAAAAUCAUGCUCAUCUAGAACUGGAUCAAAAGAACUCUUAUGGUCCUCAGAACACAGGUCCCAACCAGAACUGAGUGCUGGGAAAAGCGCCCUCAACUCUGAGUCAGCUUCCGAGCUGGGAUUAGUGCCUCCAACACAGGCUCGACUGACCAAAGACCAGCGCUGGGGAAGUGCAUUGCUUUCCAGAAACCACUCCUUAGAAGAGGAAUUUGAAAGGGCAAAAGCAGCAGUGGAGUCAGAUACAGAGUUUUGGGAUAAGAUGCAAGCAGAAUGGGAAGAAAUGGCCCGGAGGAACUGGAUAUCUGAGAACCAAGAAGCCCAGAACCAAGUUACGAUCUCAGCUAGUGAGAAGGGAUAUUACUUCCACACUGAAAACCCCUUCAAGGACUGGCCUGGAGCAUUUGAAGAAGGCUUAAAAAGGCUGAAGGAAGGGGACCUGCCAGUCACCAUCCUGUUCAUGGAGGCAGCGAUCCUUCAGGACCCCGGAGAUGCAGAGGCGUGGCAGUUCCUCGGGAUAACACAGGCGGAGAAUGAAAACGAACAAGCAGCUAUUGUCGCCCUCCAGAGGUGCUUAGAAUUGCAGCCCAACAACUUGAAAGCUUUGAUGGCUUUGGCCGUGAGUUACACUAACACCGGCCAUCAGCAGGAUGCCUGCGAAGCUCUGAAGAACUGGAUUAGGCAAAAUCCAAAGUACAAAUACCUUGUGAAGAGCAAGAAGGGAUCUCCCGGCCUCACCCGGCGAAUGUCUAAGUCUCCGGUGGACAGCUCUGUUCUGGAAGGGGUGAAGGAAUUGUAUCUGGAAGCUGCCCACCAAAAUGGAGAUAUGAUCGACCCAGACCUGCAGACUGGUCUGGGGGUGCUGUUCCACCUGAGCGGAGAAUUUAACAGAGCAAUCGAUGCGUUUAACGCUGCCUUAACUGUUCGGCCAGAGGACUAUUCAUUGUGGAACCGUCUCGGGGCGACCUUGGCGAACGGAGACCGCAGCGAGGAAGCGGUGGAGGCCUACACGCGAGCGCUGGAGAUUCAGCCAGGCUUCAUCCGAUCCAGAUACAAUCUGGGAAUAAGCUGCAUCAACCUGGGCGCCUACAGAGAAGCUGUCAGCAACUUCCUCACCGCCCUCAGUUUGCAAAGAAAGAGCAGGGAUCAACAGCAAGUUCCUCAUCCCGCCAUCUCUGGGAAUAUCUGGGCUGCCCUCAGAAUCGCACUUUCUCUGAUGGACCAACCGGAACUCUUCCAGGCGGCUAACCUCGGUGACCUGGAUGUCCUCCUCAGAGCUUUCAACUUGGAUCCUUGA